CAUAGCAGCACAGUUGAGCUCAACAUAAUGGCCCGAUAUGAACUUGUUAAACGAUCAGUAGCUCUGAUCACUCUUACUAACCCACCAGUCAAUGCCUUAAGUUCUGCAGUGCGUCAUGCCAUCUCGAAGACCAUGGAGCGAGCCCUGAGUGACCCAAAGGUCACGGCUGUGGUGAUCUGUGGAGAGAAUGGGCGAUUCUGUGGAGGUGCUGACAUCCGUGAGUUUGCUGGACCAUUGAGAGGACCUCCACUGGUUCCUUUGUUGGAUGCCAUAGAGGCAGGAGAGAAGCCUGUGGUUGCUGCCAUAGAAGGGGUUGCUUUAGGUGGAGGCUUUGAAUUAGCCCUAGUCUGUCAUUACCGCAUUGCACACUACAAGGCACGUCUUGGACUUCCAGAGGUGACUUUAGGCAUUCUGCCAGCUGCGGGGGGAACACAGCGUCUACCCAGACUCAUUGGAAUUCCUGCUGCCUUAGAACUGAUCACCACUGGACGCCACGUCUCAGCCCAGGAGGCUUUGAAGCUGGGCAUGGUGGACCAGGUCACAGAGCAGAAUACUUGUGAGGUGGCUCUGGAGUUCGCUCUGAAGGCUGUAGGCAAACCACUGUCUUCUCGAAGACUGAGCAUGCUGACCACACCGUGUCCUCCAGGUCUGGAUGGCAUAUUCGAAGCAGCCACCAUGCAGGUCCAAAAGAAGGCUCGAGGUGUGAUGGCACCUUUGGCUUGUGUUCAGGCGGUGCGGGCAGCUACACUGCCUUACAGUGAGGGGAUAAAAAGGGAAGGUGAACUGAUGGCCACUCUCUUCAGCUCAGGCCAGGCUCAGGCUCUUCAGUACAGCUUCUUUGCUCAGAGGACGGCUGAGAAGUGGACUUUACCCAGUGGAGCUCAGUGGAACAAUAGCAAACCCAGAGAGAUCCAGAGUGCGGCCGUCAUAGGUCUAGGCACUAUGGGAAGGGGGAUAGUUGUGUCUUUGGCACGAGUGGGAAUUUCUGUCAUAGCUGUGGAGUCAGAAAAGAAACUCUUGGAGACGGGCAGGCAGAUGGUGAUUGGCAUGCUGGAGAGAGAUGCUAAAAGACGAGGAGUGAGUGCCUCCCUCAAUCUCCUCAAGUUCUCCCUCAGUCUGCAGGACCUGAAGGAUGUGGAUCUCGUCAUUGAAGCGGUCUUUGAAGACAUGGCACUUAAGAAGCAGAUUUUCAGGGAACUCUCCAGGGUGUGUAGACCAGCCACUCUGCUUUGCUCUAACACCUCUGGUCUGGAUGUGGAUGCGCUGGCUGAUGUGACGGACAGACCUCAGCUUGUUGCUGGGAUGCACUUCUUUUCGCCUGCUCACGUCAUGAAGCUCCUGGAAGUCGUAUGCGGGCCGCGUUCCUCAAAGGAAGCCAUAGCUACAGCGAUGAGCCUUGGGAAGAGGAUGGGGAAGGUGAGUGUGGCAGUUGGAAACUGCCCUGGUUUUGUUGGAAACCGCAUGCUGAUGCCUUACCUAGAGCAAGCCACCUUCCUGCUGGAAGAAGGGGCAACGCCUCAACAAAUCGACAAGGCUCUGGAGGACUUUGGUUUCGCCAUGGGAGUAUUCAGGAUGUCUGAUCUUGCAGGCCUUGACGUUGGUUGGAGAGUCCGGAAAGAAUCAGGCUUGACCGGGCCUGAUGUUGACCCCAAAGAUCCUCCACGUAGACGCCAAGGGCGAAAGUACUGCCCCAUUCCAGACAUGGUCUGCCAGCAAGGCCGGUUUGGCCAGAAGACUGGUCGUGGAUGGUACAUGUAUGACAAACCAGGGGAUACAAACGCAAAGCCUGACCCACUGAUCCAGAACCUUCUGGAGACCUACAGGAGCAGGUAUGGAAUUCAACCACGCAAAAUCACAGAUCAGGAGAUCAUCGAGCGAUGCCUUUUUGCCCUGGCCAACGAAGGCUUUAGAAUUCUGAAGGAUAAAAUUGCAGGCCAACCUGAAGAUAUCGAUGUCAUCUAUCUGUUCGGUUAUGGCUUUCCAAGGCACCGAGGAGGACCCAUGUUCUACGCCAGCAUGGUGGGCCUGGAAAGAGUGCUUGAGAGGUUGGAGUAUUACCACCAUGCCCUUCCUGAUGUGCCUCAUUUGGAGCCCAGUCCUCUGCUGAAAAAACUUGUGGCUCGCGGAAGUCCUCCUAUCCAGAAAUGGAGAGAGCAUAUUAAAAGCAUGCACAGUCAUCUCUAAGUGCACUAUGUUCAACGUGCCAAAUAUGUUCAGCUUAAUGCACUACAUAAAACCUGCCAUUAAUAAAGAAUAGAUUUUCUAAACUCUUCA